AUGGAGGCGCUGCUGCUGGGCGCGGGGUUGCUGCUGGGCGCCUACGUGCUUGUCUACUACAACCUGGUGAAGGCCCCGCGGUGCGGCGGCAUCGGCAGCCUGCGUGGCCGCACGGCCGUGGUCACGGGUGAGCACNNCGGCAUCGGGAAGAUGACGGCGUUGGAGCUGGCGCGCCGGGGAGCGCGCGUGGUGCUGGCCUGCCGCAGCCGGGAGCGCGGGGAGGCGGCCGCCUUCGACCUCCGCCAGGAGAGUGGGAACAAUGAGGUCAUCUUCAUGGCCUUGGACCUGGCCAAUCUGGCCUCGGUGCGGGCCUUUGCCACCGCCUUCCUGAGCUCUGAGCCACGGCUGGACAUCCUCAUCCACAAUGCCGGGAUCAGUUCCUGUGGCCGGACCCGUGAGGCCUUUAACCUGCUGCUGCGGGUGAACCACGUUGGUCCCUUCCUGCUGACACAUCUGCUGCUGCCCCGCCUGAAGACAUGCACCCCUAGCCGUGUGGUGGUGGUGUCCUCAGCUGCCCACCGGCGUGGGCGCCUCGACUUCACAUGCCUGGACCGCCCAGUGGUGGGCUGGCGGCAGGAGCUGCGGGCAUAUGCCGACAGUAAGCUGGCCAAUGUAUUGUUUGCCAGGGAGCUCGCUGCCCAGCUUGAGGGCACUGGCGUCACCUGCUAUGCAGCCCACCCAGGGCCUGUGAACUCGGAGCUGUUCCUGCGCCAUGUUCCUGGUUGGCUGCACCCACUUUUGCGCCCAGUGGCUUGGCUGGUGCUCCGGGCACCAAGAGGGGGUGCCCAGACACCCCUGUACUGUGCUCUGCAGGAGGGCAUCGAGCCCCUCAGUGGAAGAUAUUUUUCCAACUGCCGUGUGGAAGAGGUGCCCCCAGCUGCCCGAGAUGACCGGGCAGCCCACCGGCUGUGGGAGGCCAGCAAGAGGCUGGCGGGGCUUGGGCCUGGGAAGGAUGCUCAGCUGGAUGAAGACCCCCAGCCUGAGGACACAGAGGCCCCAUCUUUUCUGAGUACCCCCUAUCCCGAGGAGCCCACAAUCUCCGAACACCACCCUGACCCUGAGAGCGUAAAAGACUUGUCUAAGGUGACACACCGAAGUCAGGUUAAAGCUAAGCCUGAGACCCAAGGCUUUUAACCCCAGGCUGGGGUGCUUUCCAUGGGGUAUGAUGGCCCUUGAAAACCGCAGCUGUAUGCCAGGCCAUGCCCUGGGCACUGAGGGGUUUGCGAUUUUUACCUCCAUAGUUACUUUCUGGGGCUUCAAGGACAGCUGUUUUCCUGGUGGAAGGAAAUGGGUGAUUAUUUCUAGCUAAGAGUGGCAGUCACCCCAGGUUGAGGGGUGGGAAAUAAUGUCAGGCACUGCUUCCCAGGAAUUUGAAUUUCCGUUUUCCGGGCCCCACUCUCGGUGAUUCCGAUCAGCUCUGGGGCUUGGAAUUUGUAAACUUGAUGCACUGCCAACAUCGAGAAUUACCGAACCGAGCCCUUUGCACCCAUUUAGCUAGCUCGUUAAAUCACCCCCAUUUUACAGAAGCGGGAUUGGGCUCCAGAGGCAAGGGACACUCGCCCAAGGUCUCACAGCUGGUAAAAGCAGGGACUGGGAUUUGAAUCCAGGGGUCUGACGCCAGGGCCGACUGCGGUAAGGUGGGUGCUGGGCGGUGAGGUGGGGCACGGCAGUUAUCGAGGACCCCCGUGAGAGUCCUUGCAAUAAAGCGUGCCUCCUGCCAG